CUCAAAGCCCACUGAAAACUCAGAGGAUAACAAAUUACAAGGAGUUAUCAUCCGAGAGGGUUCUUCUACAGUACGUUGCACAAACGUAACACAUAUCAGCAAACCAGAAUGGAUACUUUGCAAGAAAUCAUCCCAUUCGCAAAGGAAAUGCUGAGUGCCGGUCCCUCCAAGGGCUGCCUGAAGGUUUACCUAGUGGGUGGCACUUUCGCCAUCCUGGGAAUGGUAAGCGGAGUGGUACAGGUUGCCUCCUCCCUCUUCCCCAACCAAGAGGAGCCUGACUUUGACAUCCUAAAGGCCCAAGAGAUGAUAAUGGUGAAACAGCAGACCCAUGAACCCCAGACCACCAUCCCAGAAGAUGACGAAAUGGAUGCUGUAAUGGAGGCCAAGGCAAAGGAACUGCCUGUGACCAGACAGAGGCGUAUGAGCUUCAGAUUACAUGCCUCGUAAGGCUCCUACCCUGCUGCUAUCUAACGCAAAUAUCAAGAGAGUUAAGCCUUAAAGAUGUUCUGCUUUUUGCAUUAAGUCGUGGAACAUGUCAAAAGGGAACCGUACGGACUUUGUUACUGACCUGAAAGCUGCAGAGCAGCAGAAAGAAAGAAUUUACUUGAUAGUUUGACUGUUACGUAUGUCUGUUUAGAUGGUGUAAUGAAUUUCUAUAAUAUGACAACUAUUUAUGAAUGAUGUAUAAAAAGUAAUGUGAGGAAUGUGCUAUCUCUGACUGCCAUGAAAUAAAUGCAGAUUUGCUCAAAAUGUGAUUGUGUCAGAUGUAUAAUGGAAGGAUGUUGUUGAUGUCACAUCGAGCAUUGUUCAAAAUGUCCUAUAAAUGCUUUUGUUGCCAUGAUUAUCACAUAAAGAUGACAUAAUUUCUUAGAGAAUAACAUUGAUAUGAUAAUCCAAUAUUCUUCAUUCUCCCUUAACACUCUAGAUUGUUCUAUUUAGAAUUUGAUGGGUAUUAGAGCA